AUGGGUCGCACUUUCACCUAUGUGGUGACGGCAGCAACUGUCACGGGGUUAGCGAUCGGCGGUUACUACCUUUACAAGAGCACCCGCACACAGCUUCGAUCGCUGUCGAGCACGGCUUCCGCGCAUCCUUCGGAGUCGGAAAAGACGUACCAAGGCAGGGCCGCUGAGCAACCCGUAGAGGCACCCACAGCGGCUAACGUUACGUCGAGUGAAACCGAAAGCGGGUCGUCUGGGAAUCAUCGAAUCAUCUCCGAAUCAGCUGCCGUAACCGGAGAGCCGUCAGCGUCCGCAAGCGGCGCUGCAGCACAAACCGCAGAAGCACCUCCGCCUGCUUCGUCAAGCACGACGCUGGCGAAACCUUCUGAAACGGACACUGCGACAGGAGGCGUUCCAUCGCUCCCGAUUAUAGACGAGUCGGAGCUCGCUGGGCAGUUGGACGCCUCCCUCCGGAACAUUCAGGAAACGGGCAACGCCGACACUGCUCGGGAGCGCAAGCUCCUGAAGAAGCUGCAGUCCAUAGAGUCCUACGAAGUGCUCAGUGCGCCCUGUCGUUUUGUCAUCGCGCAGUGGUGCCACACGGUUUUCUGCACCAGAACCGCAGCGCAGUACAACCCGUCCAGCGGCAAGAUCAGCUUGGAACAAGCGCUGCAGGUCCGGGAAGAGCUGAAGAAAACGUACCUAGAGUCGGCGUGGAGCCUACUCGAAAUGGGAGGAUUCGAUGAACUUGCUGCGGAGGCAGCAACUGUCUCCGAUGCCGAGACUCGACAACUUAUACGCGAAUCGGUGGCUCGCUCUGCGGCACUAAAACUCGACAUUGCCUGUCGAAUGCAUGAUCCCGAGAAAAUGCGCACUGCGUAUAACGAUGCGGUUCGACAAGCCGAGAAAGAUGGGAAAUCCAUGGAUGUCAACGAUCGUUUGGUGCUGCUAGCGUCCGCUGCGCUCACAGGCCGCUGUGACGAAGUCGUUCGCCUGGGCGGGGGUGUUGGUCGUCACGAAUUGGAGGUUCUCCAUUCUGCUGCGCUGAAAGAUCCCUCUAUGAUUGACUACGGUGCCCUGUACUUGCUGUCUCUCAAAAUUGUUGAAGAGCAGCACCGUCUAGAAAAGGAAGCGCAUGACGCAAACAAGUCUCCGGCUGUUGGUCAAGAGAACUCGUCAACGGCCUCACUUGGUUUUGUGCCGGGCCUUGCCUGGGAGGCGUAUACGGUCCGCAAGACGCGUUUCCGCCUGCAGUCGAAAGAGGCUUCUCCGUCGCGAUCAGUUGUGACGACAUCGUCGUCGUCGAACACAGCUCCGCUACGCCCAGGCGUCGUUGCCGAUAAAUGGACCGAGCAGAAACCGCACGCUGGUGUGAAUCUGAUUCGCACCGGGGCUCUCGUUCAUUACAUCAACCCGGGGGCAGUGCCUAUUCCUAUCAGCGGCUUUGGCACAGACAAAGAAAUUCGCCUCUUUGGGUACAUCGAUGUUCAGGAUCAGGAAAGCAAGGAGCAGAUGCGGCACAUGGAGCUGUUCCGCCUCGUUCAGGAUGCGGAGAGAGCGGAUAUCUGGCGAGGCACGGAAACCACGACGCUGUUCUGUGUGAGCGGCAAACGAAAGGGCCACACGCUGGCCACAUCUGUUUUGGAUGUGGAGUUCGAAAUGGAGCCAGACAAGACAGCAAUCUGGAGAGUUCUUUAA